UGCGCGACCUGCGCCCUCGGCCGCGGCACCGCCUGCGGCGUCUACACCGCCCGCUGCGGCGCCGGGCUGCGCUGCUACCCGCCCCGCGGCGUGCCGCGGCCCCUGCACACCCUCAUGCACGGCCAGGGCGUCUGCACCGACCUGGCCGACGUCGAGGCCAUCCAGGAGAGCCUCCAGCCACCAGAGAAGGAGGAGAUCGACCACCCCAACAACAGCUUCAGCCCCUGCAGCAUCCACGACCGCAAGUGCCUGCAGAAGCAGCAGGCGAAGCGGGUCAACCACGGCAACAAGAUGCGCAACAGUGGGAGCCCAUACCACCGCGAGGAGACACGGCCCAUAGCGCAGGGCUCGUGCCAGAGUGAGCUGCACCGGGCGCUGGAGAGGCUCGCUGCCUCGCAGACCCGCACGCACGAAGACCUGUACGUCAUCCCCAUCCCCAACUGCGACCGCAACGGCAACUUCCACCCCAAGCAGUGUCACCCGGCGCUGGACGGGCAGCGGGGCAAGUGCUGGUGUGUGGACCGCAAGACGGGGGUGAAGCUGCCGGGCUUCCUGGAGCUGAAGGGGGACUUGGACUGUCACCAGCUGGCGGACAGCAUGUGA